UUUUUUGUUUUUUUAAGUACCCUAAAAUAUUUAAGCAAAGGAAAUUCCUAAAAUACCCUGACCCAGGGUAAACAGAGAAGUCAACUGGUAAGAACCGCCGCCGCUACUGUCUGGUUUCUGUCGCGGCUCUCCGAUAUAUAUAUCUCUAACAGCCAUCUCCGGCGGUAAUUCAUGGGGAAAAGACAGCAACUUUCCAUUAAUUUUGCUCUAAAUAAGUGUCCUUGCACUCAAGAAGAUCGCAUUAGUCAGUUGCCUGAUCAUAUUCUGGUUCAUAUACUGUCUUUCCUUACCAUUAAGGAAGCAACAUACAUUAGUCUCCUCUCCAAGAGGUGGUUACCCGUGUGGAAAUAUAUUCCUCGACUUGAUUUUGAUGCCACCGAACCAUUACACCAAGUAUUUUUGAAUCACAAACUAAGGAAAAUGCAUAUGAAGAAGUAUGUGAGAUGGGUUAACCGUACUUUACACAAGUGUGAAGUACAUAGAUUAGACCAAUUUCGUGUUUGCUUCGAUUUAAACAAAUUUGCCCAGCAUGAGAUUGACAAGUGGCUUGAGUUUGCCUUUGCUAGGCAAGUCCAAAGGCUAGAGUUGGACUUGUUAAAAGGUGGGAAGGAGACUCGAGAUUUUGAUUAUUGCUACACUUUCCCGGCUCAGCUCCUUGGUCUCAAUCAUAAGUUGCCACCUCUCUGGCAUAAUUUUAUGUCUGUAAAGGUACUAUUAUUGAAGUCAGUAAAUGUGACAGGCGAAGUUCUUGAGUUCUUCCUUCAUAACUGCCCGUUUCUUGAAGAAAUGGUGGUUCAUGGAUCUGGAACGCUGGUAAAUUUGCAGGUCAUUGGUCCUUCCCUCAAGUUGAAACACUUGGAAAUUUGGCGCUGCCAGUGUUUAGAAUCACUUAAAAUCCAUGAUACUAACCUUGUAACACUUGUGGCUUCAGCAGCAACCAAAUUAUUGCUCUCAAACGCUCCUAUGCUGAUCAAGGUAGAGAUUGUUGGUGCAUUCAGGCCUAUUCUGAAAGACAUAUUGGCUCCGAUUUCCUGUGUUCUCUCUCAGCUGGAGGUCCUCAAAAUAACUUCCUCUGAUGGAUUGGGAUUGGGGAAUUACAAGUUUCCUAAAUUUACCAAGCUCAAGAAAUUUGUCGUUCAUGUUUUUGCAUGGAGAGACACAUCUCUCUUAGGUUGCACACAUGUGAUAGGGGCUGCGCCACUGUUGGAGGAAUUUGAGUUGAAGUUGGUUUGGUUCAAACCCUUGAGGGUAAAAAGAGAGUGUAAGAAGAUGGUAAGUUGUCCUCUCCGUCACCUCAAAGUGAUCAGGUUGUGUGGAUAUUUUGGCCGUACAUGCGAAUUUGAGCUCGUUAAAUAUUUUUUGGAAAAUGCUAUUGUGCUCGAGAAAAUUAUUAUUGAUCCUCGUUCUCAAAUUGUUACUCCUGUGUUGUCACUUUCGACAAUUGAAAUGGAGCAAAUGUCAAGAAAUUUUGCUAAGCUCCAACUUGAAGGUGAAGUUCCUCCGCGUAUUGAGUUGGUGAUAUUGUGAAAGUAAGUUAAUUACCGAAAAAACAUAUGUAUGUUUGUUUCCAGUUAUUUGGGCCUUCUGAAGGAAAAUCUUCUGAUUGUAUUCCAGAGGGAAUUCAUGUAUAAUCUAAUUUAUAUAUAUUGGAAUUUGCUAAUUUUCUCAA